CGGUCAUGUGAUCAGCUGUGUCCAAUCACAGCUGAUCACAUGGGACAUGUUCACUGAUCAUCAGGGCACUGUGUCAGUGUACCCUGAUGAUCAGUGGAGCCCCAGCAGCGCCACCUGUCAGUGUCCAUCAGUGCCUUGUGUCAGUGCUCAACAGUGCCUCGUGCCAGUGCCCAUCAGUGCCACAUCAAUGCCACAUAUCAGUACCUACCAGUGCACAUAAAUGCCACAUAUCAGUGCCCAUCUGAGCUGCCUUUCAGUGUCACCCAUCAGUGCCAGUCAGUGCCGCCUAACAGUG